AUGCUGAUUUAUUUGAAGAAGAAAAUUGUACUUCGGCAUAGAUAUUUCAUUCCUGGAUCCAUAUUAUUGGCAUGUCAAGUCAGAUCACAUGUGGUAUCAUUAGUUCGAAGCGCAAGUUUUAGCCAAAGCGGCCUGGAGAAAAAUGAAAACGUGAUAGUCGUAAUGAGGGACGAGUACGUUUCGCUCGAGGCAAUUAAUGGAUGUCCCGAACGCGAAUGGCACAACUUUGACUCAAAUAAGAGACUGCCCAGACGAUUUUUUGCCCAGAAGAGUCAUGCUGGCUUAUACUGGAACGAAUGCAAUGGCAGUCCAAGAUACAAACUUCUGGCUGUAAUAAAUCCGGCUUCAAGCUGCAACAUAGCGGAUCCAGUUUGCCUAACCAUCUAUCUAGAAAUCUACGUAGGCAACCAAACGAACGUGACUCACUCGCUAACGUUGAAUGGUAGUCCAGGACACGAGGUCUACGUAGACGGCAUGCAACGCGACGGCGAGACAAUCUUCGACCGUGUGACCGACAUGUUCUUUCAAUGGAGGUCCCUACAGGUGCAAGUUUUUUGGAACGUGGACCUAGUCGGCCAUUUUUCGGAGAAAGUUAAAUUACUAGACUUCGUCUACGACCAUCGACAAAGAUACAUUGAUGUGGAUAAAAGGACGGUUGAAGUUAAGGAAAGAGUUACAUGUGUACAGAAAAAUCUCUGCACUCGGAACAUCGAAUUCAAAUGGACCUGCUUCCAGUACGACGAUAAUGAGUUCAUUGACGAUAAUCACGAUCGUUUUUACGAAGCUUCUAUGGAAAAUAUUUAUUUCAAGGAGAAGGGCACGUACAAAUGCUCAUGCAGUUUGCAAUGCUUAAUCCUCUAUUUUGAUUACGAUUAUUGGGAAGGGUUUCUGAGUAAGUUUGAACAAGUAGAGGAGUCGUGGGAUGGCAAUAUUCACGUUCUUAGUACGCCGAGCUUGAUGGCUGCCGAUGAUUUUGAAAACAGUCCAAACAUAAUCAUGGCCAGGGAGGGUGAUUUGGUUGCGUUCGACGAUGUUGAGAGCUGCGAUAGGAAAGGCUGGCGGGAGCAAGAGAAGAACACCCACCGUAGUGCCAAGUUCUUUGCAAAUAGUGACCUCGCCGGGAUCUACAAGAACGAUUGCCACGACAUUCCAAUGAUUCGCAGACUGCUAGCUGUAGAAGGCCCAAGUUCCUUCAUUGAAGCCAUACCUGGCCCCAACAUACCAUUGCAAGAGGGCGACAAGCUGGCGAUCAACAUUCAUUUCAAUGUUACUCUCGGCAGCCAGCCUCUAGCUAGCACGUUAACACUCUUCAAUGGUAAAAAUGUUUUAAGAGUAUACGAAGGUGAGUACAAGCUAGGUGCCAACAACAAGACUUCGUUAUUAUUCUCGCAUAACUACCUACAUUCACUCAACUACUACGCCCCUAAGAGGUUCACGAUCGUCUGGUAUGUAAAGAAUGAAUUCUUUGAAGGGAAUGUCACCAUAUUUGACCUGACCAUCAAGCUUUGGCGUUUGGAAGCUGUCAAUCGAACAGAAGUGGACAUCAGCGAGGAAGUGACUUGCAGACAUGGACGCGGCUUCAGAGACUACACGUGGAAGUGCAUAAAAACUGACAACGACUACCAUGAUGACGACCAGAGCAACUACGUGGUACAUGACGCGGUCGUUUAUUUCACGAAAUGCGGCACGUACGAUUGUAUCUGCACGGCUGAAAAAUAUUUUUUAUACCAAAAUUUCAAGAGAAAUUGGCACGGAACCAUAACUGUCAGAAAGGGCAAAGAAAUCACAGUCGCCACAGUGAAGUCGACGACGACGACGACGAUGAUUAGAGGGCGUCAAACAAAAGCGACAGUAGCGACAGUAGCCACAGGAAUUAAUGAGAAACAAGUUUCCACAACCAACGCCGGUAGAAAGUUUUCUGUGGUCGGCUUUGUGGUCGCUUCACUGGCUGUUGUUGCUGUCUUGGUGGUUGUAGUGGGGUUCUUAUAUAGAAGAAGAAAAUCACAGAAUCAGAAAAGUCAGUUUUUUACUGGGCGUAUGAGUCAGAAAGACGUAAUGAAGUUUUAAUGAUGAAAAAUUCCAACCCGUGUAGCUAACUUAUAAACGUUUUUAGAAUCAAUUUAUUAUUAAAAAUCAGUCAAUAAAUCUGAUUGUACUAUUUUACGAAUAAAGCUCUAUAUAAAUAACACCAUUAUUGUUUUUGUCUUCACUCUAUUAUCAUUCUAAAUAAUUGUGUCUCUAUUAUUUAUAUUUUUAUAUGUAAAACAUAAUCAUUGCCGGGUAUGUUUUAAUAACUCUGUGAAAACAUUGAGCAUUCAAAGUUUUUCAAUAAAUACUCUACU